AUGAAGGACGAUAAACAAUUGAUGGCGGAAGCGGAAGGAUUGCGGAAGAUUGCAUUUUUCGGAAUCUGUAUUAGUACUAUAGCUACGUUGACUGCUAUUGUUGCCAUUCCUUCUUUGUAUAAUUAUAUGCAACAUGUGCAAUCUUCUUUGCAAACUGAGGUUAGUUAUGAUAACUACUUAGGCUUCGUGAACUAUAAAUUCAUUUUGAUGGGUCUAUCAGAAAAUGUUGUUCAAUUAAAACAGAGUUUUGUUUCAAGCUAACAAAGGCUGCUCUGAAUUAAAAUCUCGGAUUGGCCUGAACUUAACGGAGUCUAGAAAUAAGUCAUGAAGUCUGUCCGAAUCUGAAAUCUUCCUAACACCUUCAGUUGAACUUCAAUCCUUUUUUGUUAAUCUAAACCAUCUAAAUUCCAGGUCGAUUUCUGUCUUCAUCGCACCAAUGGACUCUUCGAGCAAUAUGAGAAGAUCAAGGGUGUCAAGAAGAUCGCUAAACGUCAAUCAGGAUAUGGAGAUGAUGUAGCUGUUGGGGGAAAUCCACAAGUCUCAAGCAACAGUGGACAAUGCUGCUCUUGCGGUGUCGGCCCAGCUGGACCACCAGGAUUGCCAGGAACUGACGGAGCUAACGGAAAUGACGGACAACCAGGUCCAGAUGGACAUCCAGGACAAGACGCUGCUCCAGAAGCUGUGCCAACUGCUGAUGACUUCUGCUUUGAUUGCCCAGCUGGACCACCAGGGCCACCAGGAAAUCCAGGACCAAAGGGACCAAACGGAAAUAAUGGAGCUCCAGGAAACGAUGGAACAUCUGGACAACCAGGUCAACCAGGAUCAGACGGACCACAAGGGCCACCAGGACAAGACGGGCAACCAGGUCAACCAGGACAACCAGGUCCAGACGGAAUUGUUGAAGAAGUCGCUGUUCCCCCAGGUCCACCAGGACCACCAGGUCCACAAGGAGAAUCUGGGCCAGAUGGAGAAGCUGGUCCACCAGGACAACCAGGACAAGAUGGGCCACAAGGACCAAUCGGAGAUGCUGGAAGUGAUGGAGCACCAGGACAACCAGGAUUGGAUGGACAACCAGGAGAGGCUGGACAACCAGGAGAGGGAGGCGGUUGCGAUCAUUGUCCACCACCAAGAACUGCACCAGGAUAUUAG